AUGUCGAAACGGUUGAAUGACAAGACACGAAGCGACAUGAGUGGCCAAGGAAGCACUGGAAAUGGGAGCGGUGAAAUGACUGCUGAACUGUGGGGUGAAGUGUACGACUUGUUGUGUUUAAAGAUGAAGACCGACGACGCGUACGCCAAGUUACGUGCGAAGGGCGACAACCUGAUGUGCGACCAGAUACGUUCAAAGAUGAGGAAGCUGACUGAACCCCAGAAAGGAACAUCGAAGAAGACGAUAAAGAAGAUCCAGAAGAAAAAGACGAGCAAACCCACAGCCGUUGUUGUCCCCACCGCAGCAGCAGCAACAACACCCAUCACCACCAUCACCACAGCCAGUCACAGCAACCACUGCAACAGCGACAACAGACACCCAAACGAGGGGGACAUCCUUUUUGAAACCUGCAAAAAGACGAUCACGGAAGAAAUUAUCUCUGAAGAUCUCUCCUCAAGAACAACUGUAAGUACCCUGCUCUUCUUUGUCUCAGUCAUUCUUGAUGUGAUGUUGAUGAUGAUGAUGAUGAUGAUGGCGAUGUUGAUGAUGACUAUACCUAUGCCUAUGAUGAAUGGACUCUGUCCUUUGAUUGACAGGACCCCUGAUGUCAGUUCAGCCCAGACCGUGCUAGAACAGUGGUGGGAACAAACCCCUCGGGAACCCACCUAUUCACCGAAUGCCCCUGUGACGAUUGCGACGGAUGACCUCGAUGAUCAUGAAGCGCUCAAGCUGGCCACUCUCCCUUCCAUGGAUCUGGACACGCUCCCCCUGCUUGAGGCUUCUUGGUCACCAGCAUCACCGGAAGAUGUUCAUGUCUACUCCUCAGGGAGGCCAUAGACUGUACGUGUUGAACGGAUGGACCUCUCACAUGGUUGAGGGAGGACCACCUCUUAUGGGAUUGAAGACAGAAGAGCUUGAAGAUGGAAGAGGAAAACGUUGUCGCGUUAUUGUUGUUGUUGUUGUUGUUGUAGGGACAUGCAAAGCACUCCCUCCUCCAUUGACUUUUCGUAUUUCCAUUGUAUCUGGUUGUGAUUGUUUUUUUCAUUAUUAAACAGUGAUUGAUUGAACUGACUCUUUGUGUCUUGAUUGAUCUCAACUCCAAUAGAGUGCCGAACCGAGGGUAGAGGUUGAGUUGAGAUGUCGUUUACGUCGUCUGUCC